CUGAGCGAUGCUGGAGACAAGACGGGUCUAUGGUACUAGGUGAGGCCGUUUCGUCACUAAGUUGGUUAGGGGAGCGGUAUAUAAAAACAGUACGGAUGAAAGCAGAAGGGGAAUUAUUUGCUUAAAGCGUGAAAGAGACAGACUGAUCACGAGCGAGCUCCGGCACAAGCGUAUUGUGUUUUGUUUACAAACAAAACACAGUAGACUUCCAAGAUGGCUGAAGAGUGGUUUUAGCAAGUUGGCCCACCUUAGGAUAUACUUCUACGCGCCUUGGCUGGAGAUGCGCAUAUAUGUGUUUUUAAUGUGGUUGUCACUUGUUGUUGUUUACAUUGUUAUUGUUGUGGAGAGUCAUUGUUUAUCGUCCAUAGUGAAAUGUAUCGUUUAGUCAUGUCGUGAAUAAAGUUUGUUUUUAUUUAUUGUACCGUGCGCGUUUCAUUAACCCUGUCGUGAUAUUGUCCCAGUGCAAGUCCAGGGUACCGCGGUACAAAAGUGGCGACGAGUAAUCGCGAGUGUGUGUUGUUUUUCACCGUCGGAAAAACACACUGAACAUUUCGCCCCCCGCGCGUAAGAAAAGAAAGUGGAGUGAAAGUGCGAUGGCGAGCAACGACGACGGACAGAAUAGUGUUGACCCCACGGGUGUGAUAAACAAUCAACGGCAACAAAACCAGCCGAUUAUCCCCGUGCCGGCGGUCCACUAUCAGCAGCAGUUUAUUCCCGUCUCUGCCGCCCAGCAACAGCAGUACGCGCCCUUCCCGCCCCACCAACCGCAAGCACAGGUCGGUAGCGAUGUGUUCGUGCAAAUUUUGCAAAUGAUGCAGCAGCAGCACCGAGAGAUGAUGACCCAGCUGAUUCAACAGCAGCAGCAAAGUGAUGAGAAGCAUGAACGCUUUCUCCGUACGAUCGCAUCGUCAAUCAACGUGCAGGUACCACCGAAUCCGGAACAGAUUCUUGACUCUUUGGCCGGCAACAUCAAGGAAUUCCGGUUCGAGGCCGACUCCAACGUGACGUUUGCGGCUUGGUACUCGAGAUACGACGAUCUCUUCGAGAAGGAUGCUGCUAGAUUGGACGGUGAAGCAAAAGUUCGUCUUCUUUUGCGAAAGCUGGGUGCAUCGGAGCACGAACGGUAUGUGAGUUACAUUCUGCCUAAACUUCCGAAAAAUUUUAGCUUCCUGGAAACAGUGGCCAAGCUCAAGAGCCUGUUCGGAGCAAAAGAAUCGGUGAUCAGCCGUCGCUACCGAUGCCUGCAGAUAGCGAAAAAUCCUGCAGAGGACCAUGUGGCAUUCGCUUGCCGCGUAAACAAGGCUUGCGUGGAGUUUGAGCUGGGUAAGCUCUCGGAGGAGCAAUUCAAGUGCUUGGUCUACGUGUGUGGUUUAAAAUCGGAGAACGACGUCGAGAUUCGCACCCGCCUCCUCACGAAAAUAGAAGAGAGAAAUGACGUGACGUUGGAGCAGCUUUCGGAGGAGUGUCAGCGACUGUACAACCUGAAGCACGACAGCGCCAUGAUCGAAUCUCCGUCCACGUAUGACCAAGUACAAGCGAUAAGAAAAUUUGGUGGGAAGCGGUACGAAAAGCGUGACCGUGAGUCACCGAAACAUCCUUCCAGUGACACCGACAGGAAACCAAAUUCGCCAUGUUGGUUUUGCGGUGGAUUCCACUACGUUCGGGACUGUAGAUACAAGAGCCACAAGUGUUCCGAAUGUGGCCAGUUCGGGCAUCGUGAGGGGUACUGUGCCAGUGCCAAACCCCGAAAAACUGGAAGGAGGCGCAGGAAGCAACCAGUGUCCGCCAAGGUGGUGGUCGUCGAUGUGUGCAGUGUGCAGCAACGACGCAGAUAUGUCUCCGUGGGCUUUUCCGGAACAAAAAUUCGCCUGCAACUCGACACCGCCUCAGACAUCACCGUCAUUAGCAGGGAGAUUUGGCGGAGCAUUGGCAGUCCUGCGUUAUCGUCAGCAACGGUGAAGGCGAAGACGGCAUCUGGCAGCAUACUAUCGCUCGAUGGGGAGUUCGAGUGCGACGUCACCAUCGGAAGCAGUACACGACGUGAGCUCAUCCGUGUAACCGAGAAGCAGCUGCAGUUACUCGGAUCCGAUUUGGUCGACAGUUUCAACCUUUGGGCCGUCCCUAUGGACACCUUCUGUUGCCACGUGUCUGGAACGCCAGUGUCGACAGGUGCACUCAAGUCGUCUUUUCCAGAGGUCUUCAGCGAGAAGCUCGGCUUGUGCACCAGAACAAAAGUGAAGUUGGAGUUGAAAGAAAACGUUCGACCCGUCUUCUGUCCGAAGCGUCCGGUAGCUUACGCUAUGUAUGAUACCGUUGAUCGCGAGCUCGACCGGCUAGAGAAAUUGGACAUCAUCACCCCGGUCGAUUAUUCGGAGUGGGCCGCUCCGAUCGUCGUAGUCCGCAAGUCCAAUGGCUCCAUCAGGAUUUGCGGAGACUACUCAACGGGUCUGAAUGCAGCUCUCCAAUCACAGCAGUAUCCACUUCCACUUCCGGAUGACAUCUUCGCCAAGCUGGCUAAGUGUAAAAUCUUCAGCCAGAUAGAUUUGUCCGACGCCUUCUUACAGGUGGAAGUUGACGAGCAGUACCGUAGUUUGCUGACGAUCAAUACGCAUCGUGGUCUCUACCUCUACAACCGCCUGCCGCCGGGUUUGAAGAUCGCGCCUGGCGCAUUUCAGCAGCUCAUCGACACAAUGUUAGCCGGACUGAAGGGCACUUCUGGCUACCUCGAUGACGUCAUCGUCGGCGGAGAAACUGAAGAGGAGCACGACCUCAAUCUACGGGGUGUCCUGAAGCGAAUCCAAGAUUUCGGAUUCACGAUUCGUGUUGACAAGUGUUCGUUUCGCAAGCAGCAAAUCCGAUACUUGGGGCACAUCGUCGACAGUCGCGGGUUGCGACCAGAUCCGGCGAAAAUCGAGGCGAUCACCAAGCUGCCGCCUCCAGCCGAUGUAUCCGGUGUGCGAUCGUUUUUGGGGGCCAUCAACUACUACGGCAAGUUCGUCCCCAACAUGCGCAUGCUACGCUACCCGCUCGACAAUCUCCUCAAGGUGGAGACGAAGUUCAGCUGGAGUCCGGAGUGCCAGAAAGCGUUCGACCGGUUCAAGCAGAUUCUCUCGUCGGAUCUUCUCCUCACACACUACGAUCCGAAGCGGGAAAUCAUCGUUUCUGCUGACGCUUCAUCCGUUGGACUUGGGGCUACCAUUAGCCAUAGGUUCCCAGAUGGAACCAUCAAGGUGGUCCAACAUGCAUCCAGGGCGCUCACGAAGGCAGAACAGGGCUACAGUCAGCCCGAUCGCGAAGGUCUGGCCAUCAUCUUCGCCGUCACGAAGUUCCACAAAAUGCUCUUCGGACGGCACUUCCGUUUGCAAACCGAUCAUCGCCCGCUGCUUCGUAUCUUCGGCUCUAAGAAGGGAAUUCCAGUGUACACUGCGAACCGCCUGCAACGCUUCGCCCUCAACUUGCUGCUCUACGACUUUGAGAUCGAGUACGUGUCCACUGAGAAGUUCGGCAACGCAGACCUGCUCUCCCGGUUGAUCGACCAGCACAUCAAGCCUGAAGAGGACUACGUCAUCGCGAGUCUCAAUCUGGAAGAGGAUAUUAGGUCAGUAGUAAUCAAUACGGUUAAAGUGUUGCCUCUCAAUUUCAGAGUCGUUGCGCAAAGCACCCAAGCAGAUCCGCUGCUCCGUCAAGUCCACCGCUACGUUCAGAACGGCUGGCCCCAGUCAACACUCGAUGGGUCAGAACUUCGCCGGUUCCAAUCAAGGCAGGAAUCGCUCUCUGUGGUGGAUGGGUGUAUUUUGUUUGCCGAACGACUCGUCAUUCCGUCGCUGCAUCGGAAACGGUGCCUCGAACAGCUGCACCGUGGCCAUCCGGGCAUGCAGCGAAUGAAAGCCAUCGCUAGGAGCUACGUGUACUGGCCUACGUUGGAUGCCGACAUCGUCAGCUUCGUCAAGGCAUGCCAGCAGUGUGCGUAUGUAGCUCGAUCACCUCCUCACUCUCCACCGGUGCCGUGGCCCAAAUCGACCGCUCCGUGGCAACGCGUCCACGUCGACUUCGCCGGUCCAAUCGAAGGCGACUACUACCUGCUCGCUAUCGAUUCGUUCUCUAAGUGGCCCGAGAUCAUCCGAACGACCCGCAUCACCUCUGCUGCGACCAUCAGCAUCUUGCGUGGGUUGUUCGCGCGGCUGGGUAUGCCCGUAACCUUGGUCAGUGACAACGGUACCCAGUUUACCAGCGCCGAAUUCGCCGAUUUCUGCGCUUCCAAUGGCAUCGAGCACCUUACGACAGCACCGUUUCAUCCACAAUCAAAUGGCCAGGCGGAACGAUUUGUGGAUACCUUCAAGCGAGCCGUCAAGAAAAUUCGAGAGGGGAGAGGAUCCAUUGAAGAAGCACUGGAUGUCUUCUUGCUGACGUACCGAAGCACGCCCAGUCGUGCUCUGCCGGAUCAGAAGUCGCCAUCUGAGAUCAUGUUUGGUCGCAAAAUCCGAACGUGUCUCGAGCUUCUGCGUCCACCACCGGUACGUGUCCCAGUACCAACCGACGAUGACCGCAAGCAACCGAGGUCCUUCAACCGAAACGAGACCGUGUACGCCAAACUAUAUGGUCGUACCGGUUGGAAGUGGGCUCCUGGUGUCGUCGUCGAGAAGAUCGGAGACGUUAUGUACAACGUGUGGGUCGAAGAUCGCCGAAUGCUACGCACGCAUAUCAACCAACUUCGGAGUCGCCUUGCUGCUGGCGCGAUACCGAAGCAACCCACUGUACAUGCCACCUUAAACCAACAUUCGCUGCCGCUGGACAUUUUGCUGGAUGCCUGGGAUCUCCCAAGCCAAUCACCAGGUCCAUCUUCACCAGAGCCUGUCUCCAGUGCUGAGAGAACCAUGGUAGAUUCCGGGCCGACUCUUGCAACGUCUACGCCACGUCAUGAGGUCUCGGCGUUCGUCCCGUCAUCAGCAUCGUCAUCAUCAACAACAACAACGCCAACAUCGACAGAGUUCGAGUCCGCUGUCGAAGUAGAACUAGCUGUAGACAUCCCUAGGCGCUCUUCACGACUACGAAGACCGCCAGUAAGGUUUGAUCCGUAUCACCUCUAUUAAGAGGGGAGAUGUUGUGGACAACCCUAUUUUGCCGCGCUCGGAUACGUUAUUCAUCCGACGCAGCUCAGACCGCAGGGCUCGCGUGCGACAGCAUGACUGUCACUGAGCGAUGCUGGAGAUGCGCAUAUAUGUGUUUUUAAUGUGGUUGUCACUUGUUGUUGUUUACAUUGUUAUUGUUGUGGAGAGUCAUUGUUUAUCGUCCAUAGUGAAAUGUAUCGUUUAGUCAUGUCGUGAAUAAAGUUUGUUUUUAUUUAUUGUACCGUGCGCGUUUCAUUAACCCUGUCGUGAUAUUGUCCCAGUGCAAGUCCAGGGUACCGCGGUACAAAACCAAACAAAAAGUAAACAAUGCAGAAAGCUACGUCUCGCAACUCGUCUCACGUAUUGUCAUGAAAGUGUCAAGAACGAAACACCUAUAGUUUAGCAUCUUGGGCCCUAUAUCGUCCAGUUCUACUCAAGAUGAAUAGAAAGUAGUAAUACUUCUAUUCAUCUUGGGCUGAACAGCAAUUCUGACAAAUCGUUCCAUCUCUAUAUAUGCUUUGGGCACUAUUGCUGCAAUUGGUACUUCUACCCUACGUUUUUAUGACAGCGGUUUGAGCAACUCGUCGCACCUGUCAUGUUCACUUGAUUUGAUAUUGAACAACCGAAGUUUGUUAUGACCAAGAUAAGUGAAGUGGAAGGUAAAACGUAAUGUCAGAAUUGCCGUUCGGACGUAUCCCUUUCGCCGGCACGGUUGAUUGCCGUUAUGAACCAGCACAACAAACAAAGCUACAAAUUAUACGCCAGUGGCGGUACCACGAUUAAAGCAUUCCUUGAAUUACAUUAGGCGAGCUAGCUGGCGGAAGCAUAUGCAUAAAGGUUA